GACAACAAGGAAGUUCCAGCGACCUCCGUCUCCCUCCGCGUCCAGAUCCGCGUUUGGUGCCCCGUUUUCGGCCGGAGGGGCAGCCGCGGGGGCCCCGGGAACCCGCCGUUGCCAUGGCGAUGUCCACCUUCCAGAAGGUGACUCUGGCCACGUGCCUCGUGCUGUGCGUGGCGCUGCUGCUGCCAAAGAUGCUGCUGUCCCGCAGGAAGGAUGCGGAGCGGCCGGACGGUGCAGGUCGGUUCCCCCCCGGGAUGCACCGCCAGGGGGCGCCAGAGGGCCGGGGUAAGAAGGUCUCGGGGUCCGGCUUCUCCAGGGCCCAGAACUCGGAGGCCACGCCCAGGACCAAGGGGGCGGGGCCGGGACCCGGGACCGGGGGCAAGUCCAACCUGGCGGGACAGAUCAUCCCCGUCUACGGCUUCGGCAUCCUGCUCUACAUCCUCUACAUCCUGUUCAAGAUCAUGUCCAAAGGGAGCAGCCAAGCGGCUGACAGCAGGUUUCCUCCGGUUCGCUCGGAGAACAAGAAGAGAAAGAUCACGGACUUCGAACUGGCCCAGCUGCAGGACAAACUGAGGGAGACGGAGCUGGUGAUGGAGAAGAUCGUCUCCACGGCCCACCACAGUCCCGACAGGGUGAAGGGGGUGAGUCCGGACCAGGAGGAGAACCUGCUGCAGCAGCUGACGGAGAUAACGCGGGUGAUGCAGGAGGGCCAGCUGGUGGAGGGCGGCGUCCCGAACAAGACCCCCAAAGACUGGGACGGUGUCCCCGAGGCGUCUCCUCCCUACUGGGAGACAUGCUGCUGUCAGCACCAUCCAGAGAGGACGGAAGGGGACGAGACCAGCCGGGGGGACGACCCGGCCGAGGACGUCCCGGUCGGAGAUCUGAGGACGGAACCCGUUACCGUAGCGAGUGAUGAAGACGUGUCCCCGGGGAAGGAUCCGGGGACGAGAGACACCGGGUACGACUACGAGGAGGGAGGUGGACCCGCUGGUCUGGACGUCCCGGAGGACGAACACGAGGAGGGAGGUGGACCCGCUGGUCCGGACGUCCCGGAGGACGAACACGAGGAGGGAGGUGGACCCGCUGGUCCGGACGUCCCGGAGGACGAACACGAGGAGGGAGGUGGACCUGCUGGUCCUGACGUCCCGGAGGACGAGGACACCGCCCCCCUGGAGCAGGAAAAGACGACCCCUCCGGCGGAGACAGAGACGUCCAGCAGCUCGGUCAGACGGAGGAGCAGGAGGAAGACGAAGAAGAGACAGCAUUGAACUGGUCUGAGCCGUCCCCCAUGCAGGUCCUGGUUCCUACCAGAACGCUGGGUUUUGUUGUUCGUUUUCUUAAAACGAAAAAACUACAUAUGGUUCCUUUAUAUCAGGGGUCGGCAACCCGCGGCUCCAGAGCCGCAUGUGGCUCUUUAGCGCCGCCCUAGUGGCUCCUGGAGCUUUUUCAAAAAU